CGACCGGUGCGCGCUCAGCGCGGAGGCGAGGGAGAUGCUGGCUAGGCGGCAGCGAAAUCCUCUGCAGGCCCUGCAGCGCCGCAGUCAGGAAUUGAAGCUACAGGUUGAUAGCUUGCUUUCUGAGAGUCGAUUGAAAGGAGCUCUAGACGCCGGUAAAAGGAGAGAUAUUUACCAAAGAUGUUUCCAAUUAAAACAGGCAAUAGAUGAAAAUAAAAAUGCUCUUCAAAAAUUAAACAAAGCUGAUGAACCUGCUCCUGUCGGGAACUAUAAUCAGAAAAAAGAGGAGGAGCACAGUCUUUUGGAUAAGCUUACCCACCAACUGCAGGAACUUGCCGUGUCCAUAAGUAGAGAAAAUAUAACUGAAAUCGGGGCACCUACUGAAAGAGAAGAAGAUGAUGAUUCUGCUGGUGAAGAUGAAGAAGAAGAAGAUGAUGAUGAUGAAGAAGAGCGUGAAGAAAGUGGUGGGGAGGAAGAAGAAACAGAAGAGGAAGAGGAAGAGAAACAGGAAAAUGAAUCCCACCACCAGGCAACAAGUAAAGAAUACAUUGCCAUUGGAGAUUUUACUGCUCAGCAAGCUGGGGAUCUUACAUUUAAGAAAGGGGAAAUUCUCCUUAUAAUUGAAAAAAAACCUGAUGGCUGGUGGAUAGCUAAGAAUGCCAAAGGAAACAAAGGUCUCAUUCCCAGAACCUACGUGGAGCCCUAUGAUAAAGAAGGCCAAGACUCAAGUGAAGGCAGCGAAGAAGAUGUAGAGGUGGGGGACCAAACAGCAGAAGGGGAAGAAGUUAAACAAAGAACUGAUUCUCACUGGAGUGCUGUCCGAAAAGCUAUUUCAGAGCAGAUAAACACUGUUGAUGUGUUGACCACAAUGGGAGCUAUUCCUGCAGGGUUUCGGCCUUCCACACUCUUCCAGCUUCUGGAGGAAGGGAAUCAGUUUCGAGCAAGUUACUUCUUACAGCCAGAGCUCACUACUUCACAACUGGCCUUCAGAGAUCUAAUGUGGGAUGCUAAAACAGGCACUAUUAGGUCAAGACCAAGUCGUGUUUCAUUCAUUCUGACCCUCUGGAGCUGUAAAAUGAUUCCUCUUCCAGGAAUGAGCAUCCAGGUUCUCAGUAGACACGUACGCCUCUGUCUAUUUGAUGGUAAUAAGGUUCUGAGCAACAUUCAUACAGUCAGAGCCACAUGGCAACCUAAAAAGCCCAAAACAUGGACCUUUUCUCCCCAGGUUACUGGCAUCUUGCCCUGCUUGCUUGAUGGUGAUUGUUUUAUCAGAUCCAAUUCUUCAUCUCCAGAUCUUGGAAUAUUAUUUGAACUUGGAAUUUCUUAUAUUCGCAAUUCAACCGGUGAAAGAGGAGAAUUAAGUUGUGGCUGGGUGUUUCUUAAACUUUUUGAUGCCAGUGGAAUUCCUAUUCCAGCAAAAACGUAUGAACUCUUCUUGAAUGGUGGCACCCCUUAUGAAAAAGGUGUUGAAGUGGACCCUUCAAUAUCCAGAAGAGCACAUGGGAGUGUUUUCCAUCAGAUGAUGACAAUGAGAAGGCAGCCUCAACUCCUAGUAAAACUGAGAUCUUUGAACAGAAGAUCAAGAGACUCGCUGAGUUCUCUGAGUCUUGACCAGUGUAUACAGUCGUGUAACUACCACCACAACCAAGAUGAAGAACAUUCCCAUCACUCUAAACAGCUGUCUGCUUUGUGGUCAGCUCCCCAGCCUCAGCCUCAGGCAGCCACUCAUCUGUCUUCUUUUCCCGCAGUUUGUUUUUUGUUUUUCAGUUUUCAUUUUUUAGUUUUUAGUCUCAGAGGUAGAGUUUAGUGAUUCAUCAGUUGCAUAUAAUACCCAGGGCUCCUUACAUCAAAUGCCCUCCUUAAUGCCCGUCACCCAGUUACCCCAUCCCCUCACCCACCUCCCUUCCAGCACCCCUCAGUUUGUUUCCUGUAGUUAAGAGCCUCUCAUGGUUUGUCUCCCUCUCUGAUUUUGUCUUAUUUUAUUUUUCCCUCCCUUCCCCUAUGAUCCUCUGUUUUGUUUCCUAAAUUCCACAUAUGAGUGAAACCAUAUGAUAAUUGCCUUUCUCUGAUUGACUUAUUUUGCUUAGCAUACUACCUUCUAGUUCCAUUCACGUUGUUGCAAAUGGUAAGAUUUCAUUUUUUGAUGGCUGAGUAAAUUCCAUUGUAUAUAUACACCACAUCUUCUUUAUCAAUUCAUCAGUCGAUGAACAUCUUUCCAUAGCUUGGCUAUUGUGGACAUCACUGCUAUAAACAUCAGGGUGCAGGUGCCCCUUCGAAUCAGCAUUUUUUUAUCCUUUGGAUAAAUACCCAGUAGUUCUAUUUUUAACUUUUGAGGAACUUCCAUACUGUUUUCCAGAGUGGCUGCACAGUUUUCAUUCCCACCAACAAUGCAAAAGGGUUCCCCUUUAUCCACAUCCUCGCUAACAUUUGUUGUUUCCUGAGUUGUUAACAUUAGCCAUGCUGACUGGUGUGAAGUGGUGUCUCACUGUGGUUUUGAUUUGUAUUUCCCUGAUGCCGAGUGAUGUUGAACAUUUUUUCAUGUGUCUGUUGGCCAUUUGUAUUCCCAGCAGUUUUGUCUUUUCCAGAAUGUCAUACAUAUGGAGUCAUUCAGUAUGUAGCCUACUAGGUCUGGUUUCUUUCACCCAGCAUACUGCUGCAUUUGAGAGUCAUCCAUGCCAUUGCACGUAGUAGAAGUUGUUCUUUUUUGUUCUAAAUAUUAUUUCAUUUGAUGGAUAUACCAUAAUGCAUUUAUCCAUUCACUGACUGAUAGACAUCUGGGUUGUUUCUAAGUUUGGGCAAUUAUGAAUAAAGCCACUCUAAAUAUUUGCAUACAGGUUUUUUGUGUGUGGCCAUAUGACUUUAUUUUUCAGAGGUAUAAAUACCUAGGAGCGGGAUUGCUGCAUCAUCUGGUGUCCUUCUAAUUUUAUAAGAAACUGCCAAAUUGUUGGGGCGCCUGGGUGGCUCAGUCGGUUGAGCGGCUGCCUUCGGCUCAGGUCAUGAUCCUGAAGUCCUGGGAUCGAGCCCCGCGUCGGGCUCCCCGCUCAGCGGGGAGUCUGCUUCUCUCUCUCCCUCUGCCUGCCUCUCUGCCUACUUGUGCUCUCUAUCUGUCAAAUAAAUAAAUAAAAUCUUUAAAAAAAAAAAAAAAAGAAACUGCCAAAUUGUUUUCCAAAAUAGCUAUAGCAUUUUAUACCCCCAGCAGCAAUGUAUGAAAGUUCCAAUUAGGCAUAUUCUUGGUAUUAUCCAUUUUUUUCUAUUUUGGCCAUUUUAAUAAGUGAGUAAUGGUAUCUCCUGGUGGUUUUAAUUUGCAUUUUCUUCAGGGAGCUUUUUUUUCUUUUUCUUUUUCUUUUUUUCUUUCUUUUUAAAGAUUUUAUUUAUUUAUUUGACAGAG